AUGUCGUCAAAGACGGCGCAAGCACCCAAGGGCAAAGAGACCCCGAGCGCAGGCGCGCCGAACCAGACGCUCUAUAUCAAGAAUCUGAAUGACAAGAUCAACAAGAACGAGUUGAAAAGAGCUUUGUACAUGCUCUUCACAACGCAUGGCCCUGUGCUUGAUGUGGUCACGAACCGGGUGGGCUCAAAGGCACAGAGCAUGAGGGGCCAAGCUCAUGUGGUAUUCCGCGACGUGCAGACAAGCACUCAAGCUAUGCGAGCUCUACAAGGAUUUGAACUCUUUGACAGGGAGAUGGUCAUCGCAUAUGCUAGAGGCCAAUCCCAAAUUAUUCCUAAGCUACGCGGCACGUUCGAGCCACCAACCGCUUCGACUACAGCCCCAGGAACGACCGAUCUACAGAAAUCCAUUUUCAGCGCCCCACCUGGUGCAGUCCCCGCAAAGCCAGUCGAGAAUGGUGUCAAUCAAACUGAAGAGACAGCUGCCACUGUACCUCACGGCAUCAAGCGAACGCGUGAAGAGGAGGAAUCUGACGAGAAUGAGGUUUCCAUGGAGGAAGAUGAGGACGAUGCAUCGAUGGAAGAGGACGACGACGACUGA